AUGCAGCAAGACGACCGCCAACAUCAGCACUUGCGUAUCCCGAAUAGGCUGCGCACUGCCUGUGAACGUCUCCGGCGGCUGCGACGCUAUCUGUCAAAUCCAUUUCGUCGACCGCAAAAGCCAGAAGUCAUUAUCGUCGAGUCACUCUUAGUUCACCCUCCAGAUCGGUGGUCAAGCUUGACACGAACUCCAAACGCGUCCCUAGAUCGGCUCUCUUUAGUCUCUAUUGCAGCUAAUCCAACUCAAGUAGUGGGCGGUGACAUUAGAGGAACACGACCAGGCGACAUGGCCGACUCGCCGCUAAACGUUUCGGCCGUCUUUGUCCAUGCCGGCGCUGGUUAUCACAGCAACUCCAACGAGCAUAUCCACCUGAGCGCUUGCAAUGACGCCGCCAAAUUGGCCAUGCAAAUUCUCAAAUCCGGAGGUACAGCUGUUGACGCUGUUGAGGGUGCAGUCAAAGUCUUGGAAGACAACGAGAUAACCAACGCUGGCUACGGUAGCAACCUAUCUAUCGAAGGCAUAGUCGAAGGUGACGCCACGAUUGCUGACCACUUAGGUAGAAGUGGAGCUUGUGGCGCUGUUGCCCAAAUUAAGAACCCUAUCCAUCUAGCUCGAGUGAUUCUAAAAACUUCAAACGAGCCGUUAUCACUUCGAAGAAUUCCACCGAAUCUCCUUGUUGGCCAAGGGGCAACCGACUUUGCUUAUGAACAUGGAAUCCCAGUCGUUCCACAUGAUAUGAUAGUCUCUAAGAAUGCCAGAGAGCGAUUCGUCCGCUGGAGGCAGGACCUGCGUGAUGCUGAGGGUGGCCGUAUGACCCCUAGCACAAUAAGCAGUCAUGCAACGGAGGAAGAGAAGCUCGAUCGUGAAUAUGAAGAACGUGUGCGAGAUCAGCAGCGCCGAGACCACACGAAUGCAAUGUCACAUGGUACUUGGAACGAGGGGCAACCAGAUUCACCGCAGCCGUCUCCUGGUGUAGAUAGACUCGCACCAGAGUCUCGCGGAACGCCAAAUGCCCGUCAAUCUCCUAGCCCUUCGCCGCCAUUGAGCGAUCAAGCCAUCCAUAAAAACGGUCUUGUGCACGGUCUCUCUCCAGACCCAUCGCCUUCAAAGCGUCCUCGGCAUAGGAAAAGCCUCAACCAUUGGGAUGUUCAAACACAUUCCCCCCUUAGCCCAAACUUUGGUAGCAAUGGCCUCCAGCAAACUACCGCUGAUGGGCAAAUUUCCGUUGGUCACAUCGAUUGGUCACAGCGGAAGCAGCUUGGAGACCAUGAUGGUCCCACAUCGCCACGCCGAGCUUCCAUAAACGAAGUCUAUCCUCCGCUAGAAUUCGUUCAGGAAGGAACUGCCGAUUCGCCGUGGCCGCUUUCGCGAGAAGCUGAUGCCGAUGAUAACAUCACGGAUACUGUUGGAGCUAUUGCCAUUGAUAUGUAUGGGAACAUAGCUGCAGCAUCAUCUUCAGGCGGCAUCGGCAUGAAACAUCGUGGCCGUGUUGGGCCUGCUGCUCUCAUAGGUAUCGGGACUGCUGUCAUACCCCUCGACGAGCAAGAUGAAGAUAGGGUAAGCGUAGCAGCAGUAACCAGCGGCACAGGUGAGCAUAUGGCGACGACGAUGGCUUCCCAGAAGUGUGCGGAAAGACUUUACCACAACACUAAAAGAGCUCCAGGUGGCACAGACAUGGAGGCAACGGAAGAGGAGGCUAUGGAGUCAUUUGUUCGAACAGACUUCAUGAGCCACCCGGGCGUCAAAUCUAGCGUUUCUACAGGGGCCAUUGGUGUUAUGGCGGUAAAGAAAACCACUUAUGGAUACUUCCUCCAUUUCGCCCACAAUACCGACUCCUUUGCGUUGGCCUCCAUGCACUCCAACGAGAAAGAACCAAAAUGUGUCAUGUCACGUAUUGGCGAUCGCGGCAAGGUUGUCCAAGGAGGCCGUAAAAUCAGGAUUGAUUGA